UAAGAUACAAUGGUGAUGCGAAGCUUGGAAAGAGUUUUAAUACAUUUGAAGGAAAAUGUAUGAUGUCUGAAGCAGCAAAAUUAGCUGGUGAUAUUGACUCAUCGAAAAUUCAAGGAAGCACAAAAAUAACUAGCUCAUCUACUACUAUAAAAUAUGUCCAAAAUAUUAAUGAAUUUUGUGAAAUUUUCGGUAUUAAAUUUUCAUGUGGUUUUAAUUUUGAUGCUUUGGAUCUUUCGGGGUUGAAUUUCAAUCUUUCUGGAAGUUCCUAA